AUGGCACCAGUGAGAGAUAGAAUCAGUCAAUUUCCUGCAGAUAUACUUGACCACAUCUUGGGAUUUUUGCCAAUUCAAGAUGCUGCUAAAACCGCUGUGUUAUCUUCCAUUUGGAGAGAUGUUUGGCUUAGUCUUACCCAACUCAAUUUUGAUCAUAAGUUCUUUCUUUAUAUUAAUAAUAAACAUCGCCGUGCUAGCAAGUAUGUCAAGAAAUCAGCUGCAAGUUUAUACGUGAUCAACAAAGUUCUCCUGCUGCACAAAGGAACAAUUCGGAAAUUUGUUCUCUGUUUUUAUAAUGUUGGGAUACUUGCAAUUAGGUCUCGGUCUUAUGACUUCGAUGAAUGGUUACUUUUAGUAACACAGAAAGGUGUUGAAGAAAUCUACAUUCGUUUUGAGGAAAAAGCAUACCGGUUGCCAGGCUGCAUAUUUUCUUGCUCAACACUUAAGAGAUUGCAUCUUUAUGGUGUCAUUGUUGAUCCAAUCAAUUUGCCUUGCAUAUUACCUAAUGUUGCUUCACUUUGUUUUGAAUGGGUUGACUUUGGUCCUAUAAAUUGUCUAGAUUGUGCUAUUGAUGUUCUUGCACUCGAGGAUUUGUCAUUUAUCAGCUGUAAAAACACGUUUUAUUUUGACAUUACUGCUCCAAAGCUGCGUAGUUUAACAAUCAAAUCUGGCUCAUCUAACGAGUUGGGCAAAUUUCUCCCGGUUAACUUGGACUUGAGAUCUAUUUAUACUCUUGAUUUGGGUGGUUGUGUCCAGGGAUUUGUUAAAGAAUUCACCAAGAUGGGAUUUCGACUAAAUGUGAAAUACCUUAAGCUUUCAUGUUACGAAGAAUUCUAUACCCAAAGUGACAGAUCAUUUUCUGUGCUUGUUCAUUUGCUGCGAUUAUGCCCUAAAUUAUGCAAACUGCUCAGGUCAGUGGCUACUGAAUGUGUGGACGCCUUGUUGGAACUUCAUGAUGUGGCUCAAACAAAUACGAUGCUCCAUGCUUUAAAGUUUAUUUCAUUUAUAGGGUCACAUUCUGAAAUGCUUUUCAUUAAGAAGCUGCUUGCUAGUUUUUCAACACUUGAAAGGGUUGUCAUUGUUCGUGAGAAAUAUUACUGCAAAAAGGACUCUACUGAAAUUAUGCAGGAGCUUUGGAAUCUUCAUGUUGCCUCCACAAAAACGAAAAUUAUUAUUGUCUAG